GUAUUAUACGUAUAAAAGUGUAUAAAACUAGGUAAAAUUAUAGCAGAUUGCUAAAACUUUUAUUACGAUUCACAACCCUGAUUUUAGGUGCUUGUGCUUGUGUUGUGGAAAAAAGGAAAAUUAUUUAAUUAAUUAAGUGAAUUGAAGUUUUAAAUAAAGUUUCAACAUGAGUCGUUUUUUUGCAACUGGCACUGACUCCGAGUCCGACAGCUCGUCAGAAGAGGAGCAGAUUCAACGCGCACCAGCAGCAGCAUUUACUUUCAGCGAUGAGGAGGAAGAACAGAAGCGAGUUGUUCGCUCAACAAAAGAGAAGAGAUAUGAAGAAAUCACCAAUCUAAUUAAACUUAUACGAAAUUAUAAAAAGAUUAAGGACAUGAGUAGCAUGCUUACAAGUUUUGAGGAUUUAAUGAGAGCUUAUCAAAAAGCUUUGCCGGUGGUGAUGAAGGAAGAAAGUGGACAAACGCCUCGUUUUUACGUAAGAUGUUUGGUUGAAAUGGAAGAUUUCAUAAAUGAAGUUUGGGAAGAUCGUGAUUUUCGUAAAAAUAUGUCAAAAAAUAAUUCCAAAUCACUAACAUCAUUACGUCAAAAAUUACGAAAAUACAAUAAAGAUUUCGAGGAGGAUAUUGCCAAAUUUCGUGAAAAUCCUGAUCAGGAUGAUGACGAGGAAGAUGAUAAAGCAGAGGAAGCUGAAGAGUCCGAAGAUGAAGAGGAUCGCGCUGCUGCUUUCAAAAAAUCAAGUGCUGAACCUGUACCGGAUGUUUCCAAAUUCAAAAAAGGUGUAACCGAUGGAGAUGAAGGAAGUGAGAGCGAUUCCGAUUGGGGAAGUGACUCCGACAGCGACAGCACCAGCAGUGACGAUGAAGGACAAUAUCAAAAUAUUCGUGAACGUUUCAUUAAAAAAGCAACAGAUAAAGAGGACGAUGAGGAUAAAGCAAAGAAGAAGGAGCAACGUAAGGAGCGCAAGGAGAAGGAGAGGAAAAAGAAGCGCGACGAAGAUGAUGGUGAGGGCGAAUGGGAAACUGUUAAAGGUGGUGUUGCUAUACCAUCGGAGAAGCCAAAAAUGUUUGCCAAGGACGCCGAAAUAAAUGUCACUGCAGUUUUGAAAAAAUUGACAGAAGUAAUUGCGGCACGUGGCAAAAAACGUACCGAUCGUCGUGAGCAAAUUGAACUUCUUCAUGAAUUACAAUUGAUUGCCGAUGCACAUAAUCUUGGUCCAGCUGUGGCCGUUAAAAUUAAAUUUUCCAUUGUUUCAUCAAUAUUUGAUUAUAAUCCGAAAGUCUCCGAUGCAAUGAAACCUGAAUACUGGUCAAAAUUACUUGAGCGCAUUUCAGAGAUGUUGGAUAUGAUUUUAAAUACAGCGGACAUGCAGAUUGCCGAGACGGUUUCUGAAGAUGAAGAACAGUAUGAGAAGGCACCUUACAAAUUGCAUGGAUGUGUUCUUACUUUGGUCGAAAGACUCGAUGAAGAAUUUACCAAACUUCUGAAGGAAUGCGAUCCUCACAGUAAUGAAUAUGUCGAAAGAUUGAAAGACGAGAAACAAGUGGCAUCCAUUAUAGAUAAAGUUCAAGAGUAUCUUGAAAGAAAGGGAACAGUUUCAGAAGUUUGCCGUGUCUAUCUACGAAAAAUUGAACAUCUCUAUUAUAAAUUCGAUCCAACUGUUCUGAAGCAAAAGGAAGGAGAAAUUUCCGGCGAUGUUUUCACGACCGUUCAAGUUAUGGAGAAACUUUGCAAAUAUGUUUACGCUCAUGAUGGAACCGAUCGACUUCGAACUCGUGCUAUUUUGUCGCACAUCUAUCAUCAUGGUUUACAUGAUAAUUGGUUCCAAGCUCGAGAUUUGAUGCUUAUGUCACACUUGCAAGAGACGAUUCAACAUUCCGAUCCAGCUACGCAGAUUCUUUAUAAUCGAACAAUGGCCCAUCUUGGUUUGUGCGCUUUCCGUCAUGCGAAUAUAAAAGAGGCACACAAUUGUCUUGUUGAUUUGAUGAUGACGGGAAAAGUAAAGGAACUUUUGGCCCAAGGAUUACUGCCGCAACGUCAACACGAGCGCAGCAAGGAGCAAGAAAAAAUUGAAAAACAAAGGCAAAUGCCGUUCCAUAUGCACAUCAAUUUAGAGCUCCUUGAGUGUGUUUAUCUCGUUUCUGCAAUGCUUAUCGAGAUCCCUUACAUGGCCGCUCAUGAAUUCGAUGCUAGAAGAAGAAUGAUUUCCAAGACCUUUUAUCAACAGUUGAGAUCCAGUGAACGUCAAUCAUUAGUUGGACCCCCGGAAUCAAUGCGCGAACACGUUGUCGCAGCUGCAAAGGCUAUGCGAAAUGGAAACUGGUUGGCGUGCAACAAUUUUAUAAUAAAUGACAAAAUGAAUGCUAAGGUAUGGGAUCUAUUCUAUCAAGCGGAUAAAGUUCGUUCAAUGUUGACAAGAUUGAUUAAGGAAGAGGCGCUUAGGACUUAUCUCUUUACUUAUUCUCACGUAUAUGAUUCGAUUGCAAUACCAAGAUUGGCAGAUAUGUUCCAACUGAAAAAAGCCGUUGUUCUUUCCACCAUUAGUAAAAUGAUUAUUAACGAAGAACUCAUGGCGUCGCUGGACGAUCCAACAGAAACGGUUGUGAUGCAUCGCAGUGAACCAAGUCGCCUUCAAUCGCUGGCUCUACAACUCACGGACAAAGUUAAUAAUUUAGUUGAUUCCAAUGAACGCAUCUUUGAAAUGAAACAAGGUAACUACUUCUCAAGGGGUGGCAAUCAAGGCAAUUUCCGCGAUCGACCGAAUUACAAUCGUCAGGGUCAAGACUGGGGACGCCAGAGACGCGAUCGUAAUCGUGAUGACAAUCGAAAUUAUUGAUUCAAUCAUUGAACUUUGAAUUUUUUGUAAAUUCUACAAUUUUUUAUAUAUAUCCAUAAUAAAGUAUUAGGAUUCAAUGUAA